AUGACACGUGGCGAUACGUUCACGAUGAUAUUUACCCUGGAAGGUAUUGUCUACAAUCACAAGGUCUACACUUACGCUCCCUUUGGUGAUCAUGUCUAUGUUUGGGAUUUAUCCGGUGAUGUCCCACGCCAAGAUGGGUACCUUGAUACCUUUAAUGCUUGUAGUUUCGACCCGUCUUCCUCUUGCUUCAUUGCAACCACAUCAUCUGGACAGAUUCUGUUUGUACACUUUUUCGAGCAACACUCGAAAUGGCAGUUUCACAUCUACAAGUCAAAUCCUGUGAGGCCUAAUAAAUGGGUAAAAGUUGAUUCUUUAGGUGAUGAGGCUUUGAUUUUGGACAUUGGUUUCACUGUCGUCGCCAACGAUAUCUCGGGGAUUAAGAGAAACUCCAUUUAUUUCAGUGGCCGUAACUAUGUCAUGGAAGAUCUUAUUCUUGACCAUAUAUAUUUGUCUAUUAUGAUCUCACCACCCGAACCGUGGAAUGUUUGCCACAAUGCGUUUUCUCCUCCAUACGCUUCUCUCAUGCUCGAUGGUUCUUCCCCGGAUCUCACCCUUUAA